AUGGCAACAACCCUCCCAAACACCUGGCAUCUCCGCCGGGUAGCAGAAACCGCAGCCAAAUCCUGCCUAGUCUGCCACAAGCCAUCGAGUAGUGUGCUAAUCACACCCAACAACAAGGACUUUUUCUACGUCUGCCCUAUUCAUCUCCAGGACCGGCAUUUCUGCUCGCCUAUUAUUGAUGUCGAGGAGGAGGCGGCGAAGGAAAAGGCGGAGGCAAUGGCGAGGGAGAUUGAGAAGGUAAAGUUGGAGUAUGAGGAGAAGCAGCGGAGGAAGAAGGAGAAAGAAAAGGAGAAGAAGAAGGACAAGGAUGAUUCGGAAGAUGACGCGAAAGCCUCCAAGGAUUCUAAGGAUGAAGCUGUAAAGGGAGAUGCCGAUAACAAGGAUGAAAAAGAGCGAGAUGAGAAGAUUGAUGCCAUCAAGAAAGCCCAAGGCACGGGCGCGCCAGCAGAUGACCCUCCUCGUAUCUUCUCUCUGCAUAAAAACUUUUACCAGAUGCGCAUCGACAGGAUGCGUAACAUGGAGGCAGCGAAGCGCAAUCGUCAACGGCUUCAAGACCCCUCGUACUUCCCGUCUGUUCCGUCUGGCGGUCUCUGA